AAAGUAGGCUGAUUUGGCAAUACGACAGUCACGAACACGAACAUCACGAUUCUAUUGUUUACACGUGGCUUUGUUUACAAGAUACGAUGUAAACACAACUCAGACUAUCCAAUAAAAAUUAUCGUAAGACCCAGAAUGGAUUUGCUAGGGUCACGCCCCCUUUUAUUUAGCUAACUUCCGGUAAUGGCGACUAGGAGAAGAAGACGAAGGGUCAGAAUAUAGAUUUUGUCAAAUUAGACAUGUAAAGCAGACAAUAAAGAGGAUCUCCAUCAUGGAGCAGGGUAUUAGUCAAGCUCUGUCUCCGGAUGCUGCAGUAUUUGUCCCUAGACAAUUCUCAAUAGAUGGAACUCUGCAUAUUGAACAGAUUCCAUCCUACAUAACUAACUGCUAUCCCUUUGUGCCUGUGGAUUCAGACAGACAGAGGAAUGUGGGUAGACAUGGUAGAUCACCUCCGCCCUUUUUAGGACCCUCUCCACGACCUAGCAACCAAAGGUUUCUUAGAAGUUAUCCAGGCUUUGGGAACAGGAUGCCUGGGCCUCAGAAUUUUAAUCCUAGCAUUCCCCCUCCCCUAGAUAAUACAUGGAUUAUGCCCCCUACCACUGUUCCACCUAUGAAUUUCUUAAAUUUCCCACCACCAGAUGUGCAUUUCAAUCAGGACAAGGAACUCCUGCAGAAAGAUUCACCUAGGGUGCCAGCUAAACCUGCCUGGUCCCCUCAUGAUGGGGAGAGUAAAGCAGGGCACACAGACAGGAGGGAACAGAGAAGGGGGAGUGGCAGUGAAGGAAAGAGACGGAAUCAGAGAAGUCGAAACAGCUCUGGUAAGAGUAAUACCAGUGAUGGUCAGAGAGAGGACUCAAAAGUAAGCCUGAGGAGUAAGAAGAGGGAGAGGAUCAAAAGUGGUGGAGCCAGGCAGGAGGAGACAACUGUCAGCCAACUGUCAGUCCAGAUGAGGGACACAGCUGUACAGACAGAAUUUUCAGAGACGUUUGCUAAUCAAACUCUCGCACAAUAUCCAAGUCCUAUGUUCAAUCCUAACCUAAGUAGCCCGGGUAAGAGUAGGAUGAUUGGGAGCUCUUCUGAGGACUCAGACAGCGGGUAUCAUAGUCCACUUCAUAGAAAGAAUCAGGUCACGAGUGGUACUCAGCCUGGUGAACCAGUCCCAACACAACAGAAUAACAACAGUAAGACAAAGGCAGGAAAAAGUGUAGAAAGAAUACCCACCAAUCAGACACUGAGAGCAAAGGAAAAGGAAGCCUCUCAACAGAUAUUCUCCUAUGCCUUUAUUGCACAAUCCAAACCUGUGAUAGAAUCCAGUCUGAAGUCAGAGCCAGAGGUGGGGCCAACUGAGAGCAAGAAAACUGAGGGAGAGGAAAGUGGAAAUGAGGGAAAGAAAAAGAGAAAACGAAAUCGAAGGAAAAGAAAGAAAAAGAAAGAAGAAAAUUCAGAGACUGCAGAGGAAAAGCCAGAGGUGGAUUUACCAGGGGUGGAGCUUUACUUCCAAGAUGAGGAAGAGUUUCCAAACCUAAGUGUUGGGCAGGGUAAAGUAGGCGUAGCACAGAGACAACCUCCCAUCUCCUACAGCUCUGUACUGUCACAGACUAAGACUUCUCCACAAAGAAAUGGCCAGAAGAGACAAGAAGAACUUAACUCUAAAUCAGAAAUAGAUCCUCCAGGAGACCAUGUGCGUAACCCUAGACGACGCAGGAAAAAAAUAGAGAUUGUACAGCAGGCUGCAGAGGAGGAGCUAGCUGAGAUCAGUCUGGAGCAGCAGAUGCUAAGGGAACUAAACCUCAAGUCACGAGGGCGCGGUCACCAGACACCCACCAUAACUCCUGGGGGUCAGCCUCGUGGUCACCAGACACCAACCUUAACAACUCCUGGGGGUCAGUCUCGGUCAACCAAGACAGCCAGCCCACAACCAGGAAUACUUAAGGUGCCAGUUCAAAAUCAACCCAUGGGAAAGAAAACAAAGCAGGGGAUCUCCCUGGAUCUCAGUGCUAUGAUUGAUGCAUUAGAGAAAAAGAAACCAGAGGCAAAGAAACCAGUUGAUCAAAAGGUCACCAAGUUUUCUGAGGUCAAAGCUAAGGAAAAUAAGAAGCCUGGAGUUGGACACAAUUUAUUGGACUCAUCAGCACCCCAGAAGAGAGGCAAGGAGAGAGAAAAUCCUAAAGCAAAGAAACCCAGCUCCCUUAAAAAGGUUAUCCUGAAAGAGAGAGAGGAGAAGAAGAAAAUGAGGCUUCUAGAUGAUGCUGAAUCUGCUAAUAAUGGUGUUUCUCUGGGUAUUGGAGUAGUUUCAGGGAAUGAGAGUGACCUGUCACAAGAUGCAUUCAGUUCCAAAGGAUCAGUGGUGGAUUACACCGGUACAGGGACCCCUGCCAGUAAUGACCUGUCUCCUAUCAGCCAAACCUCCCCCAUCAGUAUGAGCCCCCUGUCCCCCGGUGUCAGCCCACAAAGCUCCGAGGUUAACAGCCCUAUAGCAGGGACCAUUGGCAAAGAGGUCCGCAUGAAGAUCCACAGCAGGAGAUUCCGAGAGUACUGUAACCAGGUACUAAAUAAGGACAUAGACAGCUGCUGUACCCAUCUCUUACAGGACCUGGUCCGCUUCCAGGACAGAAUGUACCACAAGGACCCUGUCAAGGCUAAAACCAAGAGAAGAAUAGUUCUAGGUCUGAGGGAAGUUACCAAGCACCUGAAAUUGAGCAAAAUAAAGCUAGUCAUCAUUUCCCCAAAUCUGGAGAAAAUUCAGUCCAAAGGUGGACUGGAUGAUGCAUUAAACAACAUUUUGAACUUGUGCAAUGAUCAGAAUGUUCCGUUUGUGUUUGCCUUGGGACGACGUGCUCUUGGUAGAGCAUGUGCUAAGCUGGUUCCCGUCAGUGUUGUUGGAAUCUUUAAUUACAGUGGAACUGAGGAAAACUUCCAUAACCUGAUGGAACUAUCAGAACAGGCUAGACAGUCUUACAAGGAAAUGGUUAAUGUAAUAGAGCGAGAAAUCAGGGAUUAUCCCACCUUGGGAGCUGCUGCUGCUGUCCCUCAUAUCUAUGCUCACAUGGGACACUCCAGGACUCCCUCAGGAGCCAGUGUACUCAGCUUUACCAGCAGUUUGCUGUCUGAGCCUAUAUCAGAGAAUUAUCCGCAUUCUGAGCCAGAAACAGACUCGGCAGGAUAUGAACUUCCUAGAACCAAGAACAAUCCUCCUCCCUCGAUCAGUCGCGAGUCCAUACAGGCAGCAUACGAGUCACAGAUGAGACUCAUUUAUCCUCAGCUGGAUGUUGACGAGGGUAAUGAAGCAGACACAGAGGAAGGAGUCACUAAAGGUCAUCACCAUGACGAAGGUUCAUCAGACAGCGAUCCAUCAUCAGAGGAGGAUACAAUGAAAGCCUUGCCUCAUAUAGACUCCAUUCACAGCAGUACGUAUGACUUAAGUACUGACAUCCUGUCUCAGAACUCAGGACGAACAGUUGAUAACUGUGAUGCUAUUUCCACACAUUCAUCUCGUACACUCGGUGAUGGUAGCUCCACUCUUCUGGCUGACCCUGGUGAAAGAUCAAGACAUGGGACACCAAAAAGUACAGAAAGUCCUAGUAACACACUGCAGCGAGGGAAGGUGAUAGACUCAGAAAGAAUCCAGAACUGGGUGGAUCAAACCAAGUCCCGCUUAGAGGACCUCCGUCAACUGCAGGAAAAUUCGGAGACAUCCAGCGAGGGUGACAGCAGUGAGGAGGAUACUGUAGAUGAACUCAAUCUAUCAUCUGACAGAAGUAAUAUCCAAUGUGAUAAGGCAAUAUGUGGGACAGACCCCAAGGGUGAUAAGACGUCAUGUGGGAUUGAUGUGGCAGGUGACAAGACACCAUAUGAGGCAGAACCUAAAGGUGAAAAGACACCAUGUGAAUCGGACCCCAAGAGUGAAAAGACACAAUGUGAAACAGACCCCAAGAGUGAAAAGAAAUGUGAAUCAGACCCCAAGAGUGAAAAGAAAUGUGAAUCAGACCUCAAGAAUGAAAAGAAAUGUGAAUCAGACCCCAAGAAUGAAAAAAAAUGUGAAUCAGACCCCAAGAAUGGUAUGAUGCCAUGUGAAUCAGACCCCAAGAGUGAAAAGAAACCAUGUGAAUCAGACCCUGGGGAUAAAGAGCUUGUUAUGUGCCAUGAAAACGAGAAGGUGCUGAAUACUUCAGCAGAAACUGAUAACCAAGAGUUUAUAACAAGUGGUCAGACAACAGGGCUACUGUCCUGACACUGGACAGUGGUCACUAAACAACUCUCAUUACUUUAACUGCUAUCUAUCACAGAAAUGAAGCAUUCUUUAACUAAGGAAGAUCUUUUUGAUUUAA